AAGAGUUGUUAUUAUAGUUCUUAAUCAAACAAUUAAACCAAACGUUUUAAUUUAUAUUCUAAUAUAAAACUUUAUUGAGUUACAGUUUUUCAUUAAUAUUAUGUUAUGUAAUUAUUAAAAUUUAGUAAAAUGUUUAAAAAUAUUCUAUUGCAAGUAGUUGUUACCCAGCAGAAAUGUAAAAGUUACACAAAAAUUCCUAAAGGUUAUCUUACGUAUAGGAUAAAUAAUAGUUAUUUCCAUAAUGGGACAUGUUUGCUAAAUCCUAGAAACCCUCCAAAGUCAAGUAGCCAAACUUCUCCAGCGAUAGCUACUAAAUUUCAGGUUAUAACAGAAACAAACUCACCAGUGAUAGAACAUACUGCAGAUGAACUUUACGUAGAAGACAAAUAUCCUAUUUUAAGUGAUGAAUUUGACGGGAUUAAUUUAGAAAGAGGAAAAAAUGGUGUUUACGAAAUAGAAGAUCUUGUAGAAUUACUGCAAAGAGAGAACUCAAAAGAUAUAUUUGUAGCAACUGUUCCAAAAGAAAUUAAUUAUGUAGAUUAUAUAUGUGUAGUUAGUGCAAGAAGUAAAAGACAUAUUCUGGCAUUAGCCGAGUUUGUUAGGAAGGUCUAUAAAAAGAAAUGCCACAAAAAUGACUAUAUACCAAAAAUUGAAGGCAAAGAUUCUGAGGAAUGGAUGGCUAUAGAUUUAGGUAAUAUAGCCCUACAUAUAUUCUCAGAAAAAACAAGAAAGGUAUACGACUUGGAAACAUUAUGGUCAGUUGGGUCAGAAUUUGAUGAAAAGACCAAUAAAAGCAAUGAAGUUAUAGAUAUGUUAGAAAACUACAGCUCAUAUUUGAAAGAUCUUAAGCCAUUAGCAUGAAGAUAAAAUAACUGAUGCUUUUGUUCCUACCUUACAAUAUAUUGUUUGCUAGUGUGUGUAUAUUAAACAAUAUCUGUUCACAA